CAUUUCAUAAUCAUAUGAACCAUUUCAUAAUCCCUCUCUCUCUCUCCUCUCUCUCACACACUAACACACACCUCUGAAUUCAACAACUGUGUUGAAUGUUGCUGCAUAUGAUUAUAUCAUCUUCAUCUACUUGUACAGUUCUGCAACUGAUCUCGUUUUCUCGAUAAUAGACUGCCGUUUUGAUGAGAAACUGCCUAAAAUUUGAUUGCGCACUCGAUUCAUAUUCAAUUGUAUAGAAAAUUGUUAAUCGAGCAGCGCAGUUGUUGAGCUCGAGCAGUGUAGGCGUGGAAUCGGCAGCUCAGAGCUGUUUUGUAGCGCCGGAGAUGGAUGGAAGGGUUUUCUAUGUGGCGGCGGCGGUGGUUGCGUUGGCGGCCGCCGCCGCCUCAGCGGCGAAUGACGCCGUAGGAUUUCAGAGAGUUCUGUCGCUGGAGAGAGCUUUUCCGGUGAAGGAGGACCUAGAGGUGAGUAAAGCUCGGGACCGUGCGAGGCGCGGACGCAUGCUGCAGAGCUACUCCGGCGGCAUCGUCGAUUUCACGGUCGACGGCACCUCCGAUCCCUACGCCGUCGGACUUUAUUAUACGAAAGUUAGGUUGGGAACUCCACCUCAAGAGUUCAAUGUGCAGAUUGAUACUGGAAGUGACAUCUUGUGGGUUACUUGCAGUUCCUGUAAUGAUUGCCCGCAGAAUAGUGGAUUGGGAAUUCCUCUCAACUUCUUCAAUGGCGCCUCGUCCUCGACCUUUUCACCAAUGUCCUGCUCGGAUAGCAUUUGUGCUUCCAUUGUUCAAACUGCAUCCGCUGAAUGCAAUAGUGGGAGCAAUCAGUGUGCUUACUCAUUCAAAUAUGGCGAUGGAAGUGGCACUUCUGGUCUAUAUGUGUCUGAUAUGCUUUAUUUUGAUACAGUUAUGGAUGCCUCUUUGAUAGUCAAUUCUUCUGCUCCUAUUGUUUUCGGGUGUAGCACUUCACUGUUUGGAGACCUGACUGAUUCAGAUAGAGCAGUUGAUGGAAUAUUUGGCUUUGGCCAGAAUGGUCUUUCAGUAAUAUCACAACUAUCAUCAAGUAGGAUCACUCCUAAAGUAUUUUCCCAUUGCUUGAAAGGGGAGGGUAGUGGUGGAGGUAUACUAGUUCUUGGUGAGAUAAUGGAUCCAAGAAUCGUUUAUACACCCCUUGUUCCAUCGCAGCCUCAUUAUAAUUUACAUCUACAGAGCAUUGCUGUCAAUGGACAACUGUUACCUAUUGAUCAAGGAUUGUUUACUACGUCAGGCAACCGAGGAACCAUAAUUGAUUCUGGAACUACGUUGGCUUACCUUGUGGAAGGAGCUUAUGACCCUCUUGUUGCUGCUAUAACUGGUUCUAUUUCUCCAUCCGUGAGACCAAUUACAUCUAAAGGAAAUCAAUGCUAUCUGCUUUCUACAGGCUUAGCAGAGGUCUUCCCCGAAGUUUCUUUCAAUUUUGCUGGAGGUGCAUCCAUGGUUUUAAGACCAAUCGACUACCUUGUACAUAUGGGAUUUGCUGAUGGUGCUACGAUGUGGUGUAUGGGCUUUCUUAAAGUUCCAAAUCAAGGCACAACAAUUCUGGGAGGUGGUUGCCUGUCUAUAAGCUAUUUAUAAUACAAUUACUUACUCGAAAUAUUUUUAUCCUCAUUUAUUAUCCUUGAAGCCUGUUAUUAUUCUCCAAGCCUCAGCAACUUCACUGUGCCAUCCAAUUUCAAAGACACAUGACAUAAUUAAUUAGAACAAGUCUCAUAACUUUUAUUGUAUGUAUUAAUUCCCAAUGCAUCGAAGUUAUUGGCCUAAUGCAACGAUACUCCAGGUCGCCUUGUGAUAUAGUCGUUCUU